UCAUCAUCACCAUCACCAUCCCCGUCACCAUCACCAUCACCGUCACCAUCAUCAUCACCAUCACCAUCCCCGUCACCAUCACCAUCCCCGUCACCAUCACCAUCACCAUCACCGUCACCAUCAACAUCACCGUCACCAUCAUCAUCACCAUCACCAUCCCCGUCACCAUCCCCGUCACCAUCAUCCUCACCAUCCCCGUCACCAUCAUCCUCACCAUCCCCGUCACCAUCAUCCUCACCAUCCCCGUCACCAUCCCCGUCACCAUCAUCAUCACCAUCCCCGUCACCAUCCUCGUCACCAUCAUCAUCACCAUCCCCGUCACCAUCAUCAUCACCAUCCCCGUCACCAUCACCAUCACCAUCACCGUCACCAUCAACAUCACCGUCACCAUCAUCAUCACCAUCACCAUCCCCGUCACCAUCAUCCUCACCAUCCUCGUCACCAUCAUCCUCACCAUCCCCGUCACCAUCAUCCUCACCAUCCCCGUCACCAUCAUCCUCACCAUCCCCGUCACCAUCAUCAUCACCAUCCCCGUCACCAUCCCCGUCACCAUCAUCCUCACCAUCCCCGUCACCAUCAUCCUCACCAUCCCCGUCACCAUCAUCCUCACCAUCCCCGUCACCAUCCCCGUCACCAUCAUCAUCACCAUCCCCGUCACCAUCCCCGUCACCAUCAUCAUCACCAUCCCCGUCACCAUCAUCAUCACCAUCCCCGUCACCAUCCCCGUCACCAUCAUCAUCACCAUCCCCGUCACCAUCCCAGAGCCAAAUUCCCGAGACUCGCCCCGACCCCGCGCGCCGACGCUCCCAUCAGCCUCAGCGUUGCCAAUGCCACGCGGACAAGCCUCAGCGUUGCCAACGCCACGCGGACAAGCCGCCUUCAAGGAGUCCUUUCUCCUCCGAAUGA